AUGACUCCUCACGCAGAAGGAAUACCCAACUCAAAUUCGAUUCCAGCCGUAAAUAGAGGAUGCUCCUCAUCUUUUCAAUUAGAAGAGCAUCCACUAGAUGAAAUAUCGUCCAUCAAAGUCAUAGUGGUCGGAGGAGGUAUCUCUGGCAUUCUGGCUGGCAUUCUGCUGCCCAUCAAAGUUCCUGGGCUACAACUUCGAAUUCUGGAGCGCAAUUCAGAUCUCGGUGGUGUAUGGCAUACAAAUGUGUAUCCGGGGGUCAAAUGCGACAUUCCAGCAGAUGUCUACCAAAGCACAUUUGCUCCAUCUACAGCAUGGACCUCAAACUAUCCUUCUGGGGAUGAGAUUCAAGAGUACUGGAAGAGUCUGGCCAUGCAAUAUGAUGUUGAGAAGUUAAUCAACUACAAUACCUCAGUGGAGCGAGCACAGUGGUGCGAAAAAACCGCUACAUGGAAAGUUUACGGAAGCAAAGGCGAGGAGACUUUCGAAGAUGAGGCACAUAUCCUUAUCACUGCGACCGGACUGUUCAGUACCCCUGUGCUUCCUGACAUUCCAGGAUUGAAAGAUUUUGAAGGUGUUGUGAUGCACACCGGAGGUUGGGAUCCAUCUUUCGAUGCGAAAGGGAAGCGACUUGCUGUCAUUGGCAACGGCUCAUCUGGUCUCCAAAUCCUACCUCAGUUGCAGAAAGUAGCUCAUCAACUCGACCACUAUGUCCGCAGCCGCACUUGGGUCGCUCCAUCUUUCGGUGGAGAUGGGAAACUGACCGAGAAGCGGGAAGCUCCUCCUAUCAGCACAGCGGAGUAUAUUCAGUACCGCAAACGUAUGGAGAAUAUGACCUUUGCUCGCUACAGUAUCCUCAUCAAGGACCAACCCAUGAGCCAGAAUGCCAAAUUCGCGUUCCAGAAACUGAUGGCCGAGCGUCUAGGCAGUCGAACCGAUCUUCUCCAUGCCAUAGUUCCAGACUUUUCACCUAAUUGUCGUCGACUGACUCCCGCACCUGGAUACUUGGAAGCCCUGGCAAAAGAUAACGUUGAAUACAUCACCACCUCUAUCACCAACGCCACCAAAACUGGGCUCGCCACUCAAAACGGGGUUCACCGCGACUAUGAUGCUAUUGUGUGCUGCACUGGAUCCGACACGUCCUUCGCACCAACCUUUUCGAUUCUCGCUCGAGAAGGAUUCGACCUCCAGCAGGCGUGGAGAUCUGAUGGCUCCAUUGGAUUCCCGGAUACGUACCUAGGCAUAGCUGCCCCCAGUGUCCCAAAUCUUUUUUUCAUUCUCGGGCCUAAUUCUACUGGCCAUCCAGGGCCUUUGAUUCAUACUAUCGAAACGCAGAUUGCGCACCUGGCCAAAGUGCUGCGGAAAGUCAGCAUGCAACGCAUUCGAACCAUCACUCCAACGGCGGCAGCGGCAGCUGAUUUCCGAGCGGUCUGCGAGGCUUAUUUCCCUCGGACCGUCAUGAGCGAGUCGUGUCGAUCCUGGUACAAUGGUGGAGUCCCCGGCGGGCGCAACAUGGUGAGUCGUGUCUCGUACAAUUCAAUGACCGCAGGUCCCUCGUGUCCUGAAAUUGCUUUCUGGCCCGGUAGCGCGUGGCACGCGAACAUCGUUCGACGAGACCCUCGAUGGGAAGAUUACGAGUAUACCUAUCAGAAUCCGUCCGGCAAUCGAUUUGCAUACUUUGGGAAUGGCUGGACCCUGAAGGAUGUCGAAGCAGCGGCGAACCCGCAGGAUCCUCCGGAUUUUACUAGCUAUCUUGACGUAAACUCCGUGACAGGAAGUGCUGACCUCAAGAUGUAUCACGAAAGCUGGUGCGAAGGAUGGACGGGUGUUUAG